UUACCACAAUUAAUCACAGAGUGUGAGUAUAAGUUGGCCUCUCUAGACAAAAGAAAAAGUUGUGGAGAAUUAUAUAUGUAUUCAUGGAGGUUAUAGUGUUAAAAUGUAUGUGUGUGAGAGUGAUUUUGAUGGUUUUAGUACAAGGAUUGUUCUGUAAUGGGUGCAUCAAUGAAGAGAGAAUUGCUCUGUUGCAGUUGAAAUCUGACUUAAAAUUUCUCCCAUAUCUAAAUUGGACGGGUUUAGACUGUUGUAUAUGGGAAGGAAUUGAAUGCGACAACAUGACAGGCCGAGUUGUAAACUUAUCUCUUGGCUUCGCAUCUGAUUACUGGGCUUGCCCCCCCCAGAAGACACGAGUUAAUGGCUCUCUGUUUCUCCCAUUUCAACAACUCAGAAGUCUUGAUUUGAGUGGCAAUUGCAUAUCUGAGUGGCUAGAUGUACCAGAAGGCCUUGAAAGAACAUCAACACUAUUAGGUCACUUGGAGGUUCUUGACUUAAGUUUCAAUUGGUUAGCCGGGAAUUCACUAUCAUUUAUGAAUAAAUUUUCUUCACUCAAGUCUCUAAAUCUAGAAGAAGAAAAUUUUGAUGAAAAUUUAUUAAAUAUUAGUGAAAUUGGAAGGCUGUCUACAAAGUUGAAAAAUCUUGAGGUUCUUGACCUGAGUUAUAGUUUGGUUAGUGGAAAACUAUCAUCUUUAAGUGGAUUUUCAUCUUUGAAAUCCCUCGACCUAAGUUUUAUUACAACUAAAUCAAUGCCAUUCAUAGAUUUGCCUUAUUUUAAGAAUUUGGAACAUUUGAGCUUGGAUUAUGUCUCAUCUCUUAGCAGUACUUCUCUAUUAAACAUUGGCAGUAUGACAUCACUCAAGAGUUUAUCACUGCAUGAUUGUGAACUCGAUUUGCAUUCUUCUUUAGAUCUUUGUGAAUUGGUCCAUUUGCAAGAGCUAGAUAUCAGUCGGAACUAUCUCAGUGGUGCUAUACCCUUGUGUUUUGCAAAUUUGACAUCUCUUCAUCGACUAGAUCUUUCGUACAAUAGCUUCCAGAUUCCAUCCUCAUUUGAACCAUUUCUUAACCUUUCAAAACUCAAGUACUUGGAUGGGAACAAUAAUGAAAUCUAUGCUGAGAUAGAGUCAAAUUUUAUGGCACCAAAGCUUCAGUUAGAAAUCUUAAGGUUGUCUGCUCAUGGAAAUGGUGGUGGAGCACUCCCUAAGUUCAUCUUCCAUCAACGUGACUUGCGAGAAGUUGAUAUCACCAACGUUAAAAUGGGGAAUGAAUUUCCGAGUUGGUUGUUAGAUAACAAUACAAAACUUGAACGACUUGUUUUGGUUAAUCUUUCCCUUUCAGGACCUUUGCAGUUGCCAGUUCAUCGUCAUAUGCACUUGUCUCAUUUAGAUAUGUCUGAAAAUUCCCUAUAUGGGCGAGUUCCAAUGGAAAUUGGGGUAUACUUUCCUAAAUUAGAAUACUUAAGCAUGUCUUCGAAUCAGCUCCUUGGAAGCAUUCCUUUUUCGACUAGUCAGAUGAGCGCGUUGCAAGUUUUGGACUUGUCCAAUAAUCAAUUAUCAGGCAGCUUAUCAGAUAACUUAGCCAUCAACUCCUCAUCCUUACAUACUAUUAUACUCUCAAACAACAGACUGGAAGGCCGAAUACUUAAUUCAAAGUCGAAUUGGCAGGAAUUACAGUUGGAUAGCAAUUAUUUCACCGGAGGGAUUCCUGAUAGCUUGUGUAACAGUUCUUUUCUCCAAGUUCUGGAUAUAAGUGACAACCAUCUCUUUGGUAGAAUUCCAGCGUGCCUGGGGCAUAUGACGAAUCUUAGAUUUUUGGACUUUUCACAGAACAAUAUCACCGGAAGUUUGCCAUCUGGGUUCAGCCCCCCAUUAUUAUUUCAUGUCUAUCUGUCUAAAAAUAGACUUCAAGGAUCAUUGCAUGACGCAUUUUAUAACUGCUCUAUCUUAGAAACCUUAGAUCUCAGUCAUAACCAUUUUGGCGGUACAAUUUCCAAUCGGCUCAACAGUCUUUAUGAUCAGUUGAAAUAUCUUCUCUUGAAUAAUAAUAUGCUUGAAGGCGAGAUCCCAAUUCAUUUCUGCAAUUUCAAAGAAUUAAAGAUGAUGGAUCUUUCUCAUAAUAAGUUUUCAGGUCAAAUUUUUCCAUGCCUUAAUCAUUACAGACAGCGUGACCUCGCGGAAGGUCCUAUUUCUUAUUAUGCAGGAUCGCCUGCCCCUCAAAAAACUUUACAGUUUACAACAAAGGGCAGGGAAGACUCUUACAAAGGAAAAAUUCUCGAAUACAUGCGGGGAAUCGAUCUUUCUGACAACGAGCUGACAGGUGAGAUUCCAAUUGGAAUCGGAACUCUUAUCAAACUCCAUUCGUUGAAUCUAUCACACAACAGGUUGACAGGGUCAAUUCCAGAAACAAUUUCGCAACUCGGUCAAAUGGAGAGCUUGGAUCUAUCCAACAACAGCCUGAAUGGGGUGAUCCCUUCUCAGCUUACUCAGCUAUAUUCACUAGAAGUUUUCAAUGUAUCCUAUAACAACUUAACCGGAAAAACUCCGCAAAGAAUUUUUCAGUUUGGGACAUUCGAUGAGAGCACCUAUUAUGGAAACCCGUUCCUGUGUGGACUACCAUUGAUAAAAAAUUGCUACACAGCUGAAGCAUCAGUACCAAUACCGAGAUACAAUGAAGAAGAAGAAGAGGAGAGUGGGUGGAUUGACAUGGAAGUUUUCUAUGUGACCCUUAUAGUGACAUAUAUAUGCUUCUUGUUGGGAAUUGCAAUGGUUCUUUACAUAAAUCCUCGUUGGAGAAGAAUAUGGUUUUACUAUUGUUCGCAGGCUACUGAAACUUGCUACUACUUCAUUGUCGAUAGCAUUUCCAAAUGCAAAAUCAAGUAAACUAUUUAUUGUUGUUAUGCUUUUUAGAUGUUUGUACUGGUUAUGUUGAAAAUGUAAUGCGUGCUCUAAAUAAAAGAUCAUUAUUCAUGUAAUAGAUUUACACUCGAAUGCAGAAUAUAUGUAAUGCUGGAAUAAUGCUACUAGAAUGUCUUACACAAAGUGAUGCAUUAUACUGA